AUGGCCAUCGGUUGCGAACAUCGGUACCCUGGCGAGCUUGAUGACCUCUCUCCCGUUGAGGAGAGACUCAUUGCCUUGCAUGCGCCCUUUGGCUAUAUCACCAAGUUCACAGUCGACAACAAGACCUACGUCAGACACCUGCUUCAGGUGCGCAGAUCUCGAGUGGCAGCUGCCCUGGCAUGGCUGCAGAGGAACAACCCGCUUUACGAGGAUAUCGCGAUCAACCAAGCAGAGAUAGACGGCUGGCAGUAUGCCGACGGCUCCAGUGUUCCGACUCUCAUCAUGGACCGCAUGCGAAGAGAGGAACCGUCGACCGUUGAGAAGACACAAACGGACCACAUAGUCCCGGAUACUGAUCGAGGCUUGGAGGAAAGUAGCUUCAGAAGUAUCGAUGAUCUCGUGAACUCGAUCGAUCCUCCUUUCGACGCUGAAUCUUGCGAUUUCGACCGUACUCUGUCGACUGACCAGACUCAACCCUUCCCUGGUGACCCGGCGACUCCUGUCCCCGACUCGGCUGCCGUCGGCCUGGAAGUUGACACCGUCUGUGAGACGUCGACGUCCGGCAUGUUUCCUCUCGAUGGACCGGCUGCCUUCGCGGAGACCGAUAAACUGUCGUUUCUGGCCGACAUCGUCAACACCAAUCCGGACCGACAUGGCAUCUCUGUGCCACUUGAGCAAGCCUAUGCGAACUUGACCGAGGACCGGCUGAAGAGGGCCGAGGCGGAGAUGCGGAGACAAGGACAACCCGCUCUCGAACGAAUCCCGUUUACUUAUGCGGAGGAAGAUACAAGCUCUGACAUCCGCGCCGGUAUGCCUGCAAUCUGGAUUACUAUCAGUCCUAACGACAUUAAUAAUCCGGUAAAGAUGAAGCUUGCCAUUCAUAGGCUCCACGAUUAUGAGUCUGCAAAGGAACUUUUGGCCGAUCUCCAUGAAAAGUACGACAGAAUCGCCCUCAGCACCAUGGAUCCAGUUAGCUCGGCCAUCUUCUUCCAUCGGGAAGUAUCCUUAUUCUUUGAAAAGUACGUCAAUGCGGGCCAGGAGUCGGUAUUCGGGAAGAUUAGCCACUACUACGCCACGGUGGAAACGAACGAGCGAGGCAGCCUCCACUUGCAUGGACUUCUCUGGCUGGACGGCAACAUGCGGUUACCGAACCUGAUAGGCGACAUGGCCAAUCCCGCGGAAGAAGCAUAUCGUGCCCAGGUGAUCCGAUACGUAGACUCCGUCUUUCGCGAGUCACCUUGGAAAAUCGUCGACGAGACGGGGUUCACAGAGGACGGCCUGCUUCAGAUCCGGCGCAACCACCCACUCGUCAAUCGGUAUAACAAGUCAUUGGCGGUCGGCCUUCGCCAUAAUCACGACGUCUCGAUGAUCUUGACCAAAACCAAGGGCCUGGCCAUGGUGUACUACAUCACGAACUACGCCACCAAACUGGAAACGCCGAUGUGGAAACGCAUUGCUCUUGCCGCCGAGGUUGCCCGCCAACUUCGCGAAGCCGGUGGUACGAGGCUUCGCACGCCAGGUCCCACCCUGCCCGACGACAGGCAGCAGGUAGUUUUGAAUGAAAGCCGUCAGUUCCUGAUGAGAACGGCAAAUCGGAUCUUCUCCGAGCGACAACUCUCGGCUGUGGAGGUCUGUUACCAUCUACUUGGAUAUGACACCGACUUUACCAACGUGCCGCAUUGGUCUUUCCUGAACCUGACGGCGCUCUACUGGACAAUCUUUCGGCUAUGGGCGCAUCUCCGCCAUCAGGCCGGCGAGCUCACGGACGCCGAACAGCCCCGGAGACCAUCCUCUGAGGCAGGAGGGCGAACCCUUCUAUGCCUAGAUGUGUACGCCUACCGCGGUCAUGUUCUACAAGACUUAUGCCUGUAUGACUACAUGUCAAUGGUUCACUUGGGCUCCGACCGUGACGGCUGGAUGCAAAAGCUUCGACGGCCCGACCAGUACGCCGUCCCGAUCUUCCAAGGAUACAUCAGCGACGACCAUGAGGACGAUCACCCAGUGUAUGUUAAGCGAAAUUCUGUCCUACAUUUGGCGUUAUUCGUCCCUUGGGAAAACUUCAUUUCUGAGAGCCAAGGCGAUAUAACCAGCAUAUGGACGAGGCAUCGAGCGGGGCUUUGUCCUCGCCUCCGUUUCCAUGUCUCCAAUAUUUGUCUUUUGAGAAAGUCUGCCGAGGAUGCGCGCAAGGACGCGAAGCUCUGGGCCAGUCGAUCGGAGGGCGACGACACAAUUGACGUCGAGUACCCACUUGACGCUGGCCGCUGCGAAGAGGAGCCUCCAGCGAUGGCUCAUCGUCAGGCCUACAAAGCUCUACUCCAGAUUUUGCGAAAUGCCGUGCAGGAUACAGACGCCACGAAAGACUCACCGUCCUUGGAGGUUUAA